AUGGCGUCUGCUUCUUCAUCGCUGACUAUGUCACAUGCUUUCCUUGCUCGGCCUUCGUCGAAGCGUCGCUCUCCUCUGCCUACGGAUCGCCACGUGUCCCUGUCUUCUCCUUCCUUUCCCCGUCUCAGAGCCUCCCCUAUUACGCUCCGCCGCCGGGUAUCUGUGCGUGCCUCCGCCGCGACUGAUGUGGCUCUGGUGGAAAAAUCGGUGAAUACGAUCAGGUUUCUGGCGAUCGAUGCGGUCGAGAAAGCCAAAUCGGGUCACCCGGGACUGCCUAUGGGAUGUGCCCCAAUGGGUCAUAUAUUGUUCGACGAAGUGAUCAAGUACAACCCUAAGAAUCCCUACUGGUUUAAUCGCGAUCGUUUCAUUUUGUCUGCCGGCCAUGGUUGCAUGCUCCAGUACGCAUUGCUUCACCUCGCAGGCUACGACAGCGUCAGGGAAGAAGAUUUGAAGAACUUCCGUCAGUGGGGAAGUAGGACUCCUGGACACCCCGAGAAUUUCGAGACUCCUGGUGUUGAAGUCACCACUGGUCCGCUUGGGCAAGGAAUUGCAAAUGCUGUGGGUUUGGCACUUGCGGAGAAGCAUUUGGCUGCUAGAUUCAACAAACCAGACAAUGAAAUUGUCGACCAUUACACGUAUGCUAUUCUCGGUGAUGGAUGUCAAAUGGAAGGAAUUGCGAAUGAAGCUUGUUCUCUUGCGGGGCACUGGGGACUGGGGAAGCUCAUAGCCUUUUAUGAUGACAACCACAUCUCGAUUGACGGUGAUACAGAGAUAGCCUUUACCGAGAAUGUGGAAACACGUUUUGAGGGUCUCGGGUGGCAUGUCAUAUGGGUGAAGAAUGGAAACGCUGGUUAUGAUGAAAUCCGUGCUGCCAUUAGGGAAGCUAAGGCUGUUAAAGACAAACCCACUUUGAUCAAGAUAACUACAACCAUUGGUUAUGGAUCACCAAACAAGGCAAAUUCUUACAGUGUGCACGGGAGUGCAUUAGGUGAAAAGGAAGUUGAUGCUACCAGAAAGAAUCUUGGAUGGCCAUAUGGGCCUUUCCAUGUUCCUGAAGAUAUCAAGAGCCACUGGAGUCGUCAUAUCCCUCAAGGAGCUGCUCUUGAAUCAGAAUGGAAUGCUAAGUUUGCCGACUAUGAAAAGAAGUACCCACAAGAAGCUGCAGAACUGAAAUCUAUAGUUACUGUUGACUUACCUAAUGGCUGGGAAAAAUCAUUGCCGACUUAUACGCCCGAGAGUCCUGCAGAUGCAACAAGAAACCUCUCCCAACAGUGUCUUAAUGCCCUUGCAAAGGUUCUUCCUGGGUUCCUCGGUGGGAGUGCUGACCUUGCUUCAUCUAACAUGACAUUGCUCAAAAUGUUUGGGGACUUCCAAAAGAACGCACCUGAAGAGCGAAACCUUAGGUUUGGUGUCAGGGAACACAGCAUGGGAGCUAUCUGCAAUGGCAUAACCUGUCACAGCCCGGGGCUUAUUCCUUACUGUGCUACGUUCUUUGUCUUCACAGACUACAUGAGAGCUGCCAUCAGGCUCUCUGCGCUAUCUCAGGCCGGGGUUAUCUACGUAAUGACCCAUGAUUCAAUCGGUCUUGGGGAAGAUGGACCGACCCACCAGCCUAUUGAACACGUGGCUAGCUUCCGGGCCAUGCCUAAUAUCUUGAUGCUGAGGCCAGCCGAUGGAACUGAAACCGCAGGGGCAUACAAAGUUGCUGUAGAGAACAGAAAGAGGCCUUCGAUCCUGGCUCUGUCGAGACAAAAACUUCCCCAUUUACCUGGAACUUUGAUUGAGGGAGUGGAGAAGGGAGGAUAUGUAAUAUCGGACAACUCCAGAGGUAAUAAACCAGACGUAAUCCUGAUGGGGACAGGGUCGGAGCUAGAGAUAGCUGCGAAGGCUGGAGAGAAGCUGAGAGAAGAAGGAAGAGCAGUGAGAGUAGUGUCUCUGGUGAGUUGGGAGCUGUUUGAUGAACAAAGCCAAGAGUACAGAGAAAGCGUGUUACCAUCAGAGGUUUCAGCAAGAGUAAGCAUUGAAGCAGGAUCGACGUUUGGGUGGGAGAAGAUGGUUGGGUCGAAAGGAAAAGCAAUCGGUGUAGACAGUUUUGGAGCAAGUGCACCAGCCGAUGUGCUCUACAAGAAAUUUGGGCUCACCGUUGAUGCAGUUGUUGCAGCCGCGAAGGACCUUUGCUAA